GGGCCGGCCUGGGGGUGGGGCCUGCGCGCGCGGGAAGUGCCUGCGGAGCGGCUGACCGGCCUCUCAGCCGCCGCGAGUCAUGGCCUUUUCCGUGCCGGGCUACUCGCCCAGCUUCAAAAAGCCGCCGGAGAUUCUGCGGCUGCGACGGAAGAGGGCCCGCAGUCAGGGGGCUGCCGCCUCGCCGUCGCCUCUUCUGCCCGAACCGGCGCCUCGCCGCGCCGCCCUGGCUGCCGGGCUGCCCCUGCGCCCCUUCCCGGCCGCCCCGGGCCGAAGUGGCGUCGGCGGGCCCGCCGCGGCCCGGAGGAACCCCUUCGCCCGCCUCGACAACCGGCCCCGGGCCGCCGCGGAGCCCCCGGACGAGCCGCCCCGCGACCAGCAGGAGGCUGCGGACCGGUUUUUAGAUUCUAACCGAGAGAAUGAUUUGCAGUGGGAUGAGAUGAGUCCUGAAAGAACGGCUGUUACUGCCCUUCCCCAGACUCCACAAGUAGCCUACAAAUCUGAUGGUCCAUCUUCAGAAGGUACUGAGUUACCUGUGGACUGGAGUAUUAAAACUCGACUCCUCUUCACCUCUUCUCAACCCUUUGCGUGGGCGGAUCAUUUGAAAGCACAGGAAGAAGCCCAGGGUCUUGUCCAGCAUUGUAGGGCAACAGAAGUUACUUUGCCUCAGAGUAUACAGGAUCCCAAGCUAUCCACUGAGCUCCGCUGUGCCUUCCAACAGAGCCUUAUCUAUUGGCUCCACCCUGCCUUGUCUUGGCUACCACUGUUUCCUCGCAUUGGAGCUGAUAGGAAAAUGGCUGGAAAGACAAGUCCUUGGUCAAAUGAUGAAACCCUACAACACAUUUUAAUGAGUGACUGGUCUGUGAGCUUUACUUCUCUGUACAGCCUACUGAAGACCAAGCUCUGCCCCUAUUUCUACGUUUGCACUUACCAGUUCACGGUCCUGUUUCGAGCAGCAGGGUUAGCAGGAAGUGAUGCAGUCACGGCUCUUAUUUCUCCUACAACUAGAGGUCUGAGAGAAGCCAUGAAAAAUGAAGGUAUUGAAUUUUCUCUGCCUUUAAUAAAAGAAAAUGGCCGAAAGAAGGAAACAUCUGGAACAAGCUUGGGACAUGCGGAAGAGCAAGCAAUCAGUGAUGAGGAUGAAGAGGAAAGUUUUUCCUGGCUGGAAGAAAUGGGUGUGCAAGAUAAAAUUAAAAAGCCAGACACACUAUCAAUCAAGCUCCGUAAAGAGAAGCAUGAAGUACAAAUGGACCACAGGCCUGAGUCUGUUGUGUUGGUGAAAGGAAUCAACACUUUUACGUUACUCAAUUUUUUGAUCAACUGCAAGAGUUUAGUUGCAACCUCAGGCCCACAGGCAGGACUUCCACCAACCCUGCUGUCCCCUAUAGCUUUCCGAGGUGCCACGAUGCAAAUGCUUAAGGCACGAAGUGUGAAUGUGAAGAGCCAAGCUCCUUCUGGAUACAAAGAUCAGUUUAGUUUGGAGAUUACAGGUCCUAUCCUGCCUCAUUGUGUGCAUUCCGUCACCAUGCUGCUCCAGUCUUCACAAAGCGGGUCCUUCUCGGCAGGACUCUAUCCACAUGAGCCAACUACUGUAUUUAAUAUAUGCCUGCCUAUGGAUAAUGUACUGGAUAAGGAGGUGGUACACAAAGAGCUUGCUAACUGUGGGUUGCAUCCUAAGACUCUGGACCAACUCAGUCAAAUACCGUUACUGGGGAAAUCAUCUUUACGGAAUGUGGAAAUGAGUGACUACGUUUAUAAUUGGAGAUCCUGAACACCAAAGCUUACCAAGUGAGCUGCAAGUUCAUGUGAAAACUUAUUACCAAAUAGUUUUACUAUAAGUUCACAUUUCUUAAGUGUGAAAAUAUACUCAAAAUAGGAUCAAGACUGUCUGAACCUCUUAAGGAUCUUCAAGGGUUUACUUCAAAAAGCCUAUUUCCAGCUUGUGAAGUUAACACAGGUUAUGUAAUAAUACGUAAGAUAACAACUGCAUUAAAAGGGGUUAAAUUUUACAUAAUCAGUAUUAAAACUCAGAAAAUAACAGAGUUAUCCUUUAUAUCAGUACUAUGCUAUGAAUCUUCUGCAGUAACAGCUACUAGGCACUUGAAAUGGAGCUAAUGUGAUUAAAAUGAUUUUUUUUAGUAACUGAUGACUACUAUAUUGGACAAUAUUUACAAUCUUAACCAUCCUUUUAUGUGGCAAAAGCACCAAAAUGGUAUCUUCAUAACCCUUCUAAAAGCUGCAAGAAAAUCUUAAAUCUGCGAAAUAUUAUCAAGUUGUCAUCAACAUUUCCACCCAUUCAAUAGAGACCAGCUAGCUACCUAAUGUGUAAAAACUGUGCAAUAAUUUGUCUAUAGGUACAUUGAGGGAAAUGUUUCAUUUCCUUUCCCCUAGGACUUGUUCAAAAAGGUGAAAUCUAUGUUUAGAAAUUCCUGAAUUACAUUUCUCUUUCUCACAUUAAUAAAAAGUGCCCAACUUCUUUCACCUCUUUAUCAGCAACAAAGCAGACAAUUUCUUCUAAAAUCUUCAAAGGUUUCAUUGUAAUGCCAUACACAAGGCAGUGGGUAUGAUGUAACAUUUCAUGACUUAAGUCAUAUGAGUGUGCCUUUUUAUAUCCUUAUUUAUUAUUUAAAAACUCCUAAACCAAUGUAAUCCCAUUUUAUUAACC